AUGACGAUGUGCCGUGUGCUGCUUUGCGUGUGGGUCCUCGUGCUUUGCUGGUGCAGCACGCCCCUCUGCGUGACGGCUGCUGCGGCGGGUGUGGAGUCCGUGGAGAGAGGCACAGUAAGCAGAAGACGCCGCUGCGGAUGCGGUGCUGGAAGCGCAGCUCGCGGUGCUAAGUGUAGAGGGUGCGGCGAAGUACGCAGGGGCUGCGUUGGGCAAUGUGAAGGAGGCACAUAUGAGAGCUUCACCGAAAGAGGGAGUGUGAGCAAGGUGGCGGCAAGCGCCCAGGAGGCAGUAAGGAAUUUACGUCAUGGUGGAAGAAAGAGCCGAUCAGGCAACGCUGUGGGAAAGAGAGGUGGACAGUUUGUCUCUGAAAGCACGAGAAGCCAAGGAAGAGGCGGCGAGUGCUGCUGA